UGGCCUAAUCUUAUUAUUCAUCUCCCCUCAAAAGCGUAUUAUUCAGCUUUCCGGUGCACCGGAUUUUCAUAAAAGGGGAAGAAAAUCAGAAAAUCAGGAAGGAAAAAAAGGUGGAAAAUGAGUGACGACCAUUACAUAACGUCGGAAGAUCCUGAUCACCCGGCAAACCUCAUCCCUUCCCUAUGCGCCAAGUUUUGGACUCUAGGUUGGGUUACAGGCACGGGAGGAGGAUGUUCUAUUCGUAACGAUGAUCUAGUAUAUAUCGCACCUUCAGGCGUUCAGAAGGAGCUUAUGAAGAACACUGAUAUCUACGUGCUCGCGCUGUCCAAGCAGACGGAUCUCAAGAACCGCGUCUACCUGCGCUCCCCGCCGUGCGGCCGGCCUUCCCAAUGCACACCGCUGUUCCUCGCGGCAUUCACCAAGCGGGGAGCUGGCUGCUGUAUCCACACGCAUUCUCACUGGGCCGUGCUCGUCACCCUACUCCUCGAGGCUCAGGGCCCCGGCAAGGACAAGGUGUUCGAGAUCAACAAUAUCGAGCAGAUCAAGGGCUUCGGCAAGGGCUUUCAGAAGCAGGGAAAUUUGGGUUAUCACGACACCCUGCGCAUCCCCGUCAUUGAAAACACGGCCCACGAGGAAGAUCUCACGGAGUUCCUGGAAGAGGCCAUGGAUCAACACCCGGACACCUAUGCGGUCCUAGUACGGCGACACGGUGUUUACGUGUGGGGUGAUAAUGUCCAUAAAGCCAAGACUAUGUGUGAGAGUCUCGAUUACCUCUUCCAGCUGGCUGUGGAGAUGAAGCAACUGGGUAUCCCAUGGUUGAGCGAUAUCCCGGUAACAGUCCCAACUUCGAAACGGUAAAAAAAGAAAAAAAAAGAGCUAGCUAUGCGCUCUCUCAGGACAGACAAAGAUACAAUCACACAUAGAACUGAAAAAACGUGCAGGGGGUAAAGGUAACAAUGAUGAAUGGUCGUCAACUUCAGGUUCAUAUUCGCGUUCUAUAUAACGUGACUACAUCUGCAAUUAGUAUUGGCGUGCCAAAAA